ACUGGCGUUUCGUUUCGUCCCACAUUGAGAAUUGAAGAAACUGAAAUAGGCCUCUCCUUCCUUCCUUUCUUUCUUUCUACUCAUUUUCACAGCAGCAGAGAAACAAGCAAAGUCGCUCUGAUCGUUUCUUUUCCCAACAGUGGAUUAAAGUGUGUUAAACGGUAGAAAAUGCCUUCACAAAAGAUUGAAACUGGUCACCAAGACGUGGUCCAUGAUGUGGCGAUGGAUUACUAUGGUAAGCGUGUUGCCACGGCCUCAUCAGACCACUCCAUUAAGAUAAUUGGGGUGAGCAAUGGAGCAUCUCAGCAUCUCGCGACGUUAACUGGUCACCAAGGACCUGUUUGGCAGGUGGUAUGGGCUCACCCAAAAUUCGGGUCUUUACUUGCUUCGUGUUCUUAUGAUGGGCAAGUGGUAAUAUGGAAGGAGGGUAAUCCGAAUGAGUGGGCUCAAGCUCAUGUCUUCAAUGACCACAAGUCAUCCGUCAAUUCCAUUGCUUGGGCUCCUCAUGAAGUGGGACUUUGUUUGGCAUGUGGUUCCUCUGAUGGGAAUAUCUCAGUAUUCACUGCAAGACCAGAUGGUGGUUGGGACACUGCAAGGAUCGACCAGGCUCACCCAGUUGGUGUCACUUCUGUGUCAUGGGCUCCCUCAACAGCACCUGGGGCUCUUGUUGGUUCUGGCUUGCUUGAUCCUGUUCAGAAGCUCUGCUCAGGUGGUUGUGAUAAUACUGUGAAGGUGUGGAAGCUGUAUAAUGGGACCUGGAAGAUGGACUGCUUUCCAGCUCUUCAGAUGCAUACAGAUUGGGUUCGAGAUGUUGCCUGGGCACCUAACUUGGGACUUCCGAAAUCUACAAUUGCAAGUGCCUCACAGGAUGGAAAAGUCAUCAUAUGGGUUGUGGCCAAGGAGGGUGAUCAAUGGGAAGGCAAGGUUUUGAAUGAUUUCAAGACUCCUGUUUGGAGGGUCUCCUGGUCGCUGACAGGAAACAUAUUGGCUGUUGCUGAUGGAAACGACAAUGUUACAUUGUGGAAGGAGGCUGUAGAUGGGGAGUGGCAACAGGUGACUACGGUUGAGCCUUAGAAUCCUAUUCUUUUUGUCUGUUAAACGGUUAGCUCCUAAAAGUACUGGAUUCCUUUCUGAAUCUUUUUCAUUUACAUGUAUUAGGACUUACUGUUUGUUUACAUUUUCUUGUAUCUUAGUACCUUGCUUAAUAUUGUGAAAGAUUCAAAAUUGGGAGAUUAUACCAAAUGCCUAAACUUGCCAGAUACGAUUGCUGAUUGUAGUUUGUGGGAAUUCUCUUGAAAUUUUUGAUGUUUGGUCAUGGUGGACUUCUAA